CGCCGCCGACGGUGUGGAGAUGAGCACCCAGCGCCACAGGGCGCGGUUAAACGCCGGGUCGACCCAUCGGUCAAACUCAGGUCUGGGCCAAGAGGGUAUAAACAUCACGUGGUAGGAUUUCACGUGCCGUCUCUUGGACAAUGCAAUGGAACACGAAUCGAACCGAACAGGUUGGAGGGGAUGGGAUGAAAUCCUGGCCCAAUCCGGCUGCGUCGGGGUCCAAGCCGUGACGACACUUCAGCACCGCCUCAACAAUUACAUCACAAGCCCCGAGUUCAUCAGCGUUGCCACAGCAAGGCUCGGAUUAUACAGGCACCUAGGGUACGAAGUAGGGUCUCCAUGGAAGUGGCCCCCUGGCUCGAGACUGCAUGUGCAGCGAUCAAGACAAGGCAAGAAGAAGGAAGGAAAAUAAAUGGCAGUGCUGCGUCGAGACAAAUCCGGAUUGUUCUUGUUCUUGUUCAGGGAGGGACCUGCCGCCCCCUUUGUCAUGUUACGGGCACCCGCAUGGACUGCCGGGCAGAGUUUACACUAGAGAUAGUCGGCUACUCGUGUACCGGUAGAGAAAGAGAGAGCCAUUUCACUUCGUCCAUGACCUUUCUCGCUUUCCACUUUUUCCCAGGCUCCCCAGGCACCAGACGACAGGUACGUACCCUGUCCGACUCUGACUUGGUCGAAACACCUGUCUUGAUUGGCCCUUAUGAGCUGUUGCAGUGCAGCGCAGCGCAGCACCCACCUCUGCCUGUCCAUCCAUCCAUCCAUAUCCAGUGGUGGGUGGCCGUGCUUAGGUCGUGUUGUGCUGCGCGCUGCACCCUUUCAGGUGAGGUGCUGGUUUGUUCCAGUGGCUGGGUCGUUCCCAGCUCUGCUAAAAUUGGUGGACCAGCAUCCCCCAAUGUGGCCUUGGUUGUUAUCCCCUUUCGAACGUCCCUCUCUUUCUUUCUCUCUCUCUCUCUCUGUCCGCCCCUCCCCAGCAACCCCCCCAAAAUCCUCAGACGGACACCUUGUUUCGGCCGGGCGCUCGCCUCUGCUCCUAGACGUCUCAUCACCUGAACCCGAACUUAACCACCUCAUCAACCCUCCUACGCCCGCCAACCACCUUUUCUCCUCUUCCCAACCACACCUCACUUUUCCCAUCCGUUUAUCAACAACCGCGCCCGAUCUCCAUCGAACAAACUCCGACCGGUCGUCCAGGUCAAUCUUGCAUCUCGGCAGUCCGCAAUAAACACUUAAAUCCUACCAUCUGCCUCGAGCUCCGCCAGCGAGCCCGAACUUCACACCUACCUCAACCUCUUCCGUCACCACAGCGACGAUGCCCGAGGACGCCCCCUACGACCCUUACAUCCCCAGCGGCGG